AUGGACGCAGAAGACGCAUCCAAUACGCAUCCAACUUCUGCAGAAUCUCCAGAAUCACAAAGACCUCAACAUCGCCGCGCUGAUCGCAUCCAUGAGAACCUAACUAUAAUUCCACCACCUCCUCAUCAACGAAGUGAGAGCACAUCCAGCGCAUUUCCUAUCGCGCAGUCUGUUCCCAUCAAUGCGAGCGGCUUCCGUAGGACACGGUCAUAUUAUUCGACUUCAAUUCCGAACGAAGCAGUGCCUUGGAGCGCAUUAAGACGUUAUAAUGAUGGGUCGUUUGUACAAUCACCUGGUUUCGGAGAUGUGGACGAUUAUUUCGGGUUUGGCCAGCUGGCGUAUAACAUGUCGCCCCGUGACGAGAGGGGUGGAGGAGGAUUUGACGCCGCUGCAGAUGGGAUUAGGCAGAGAACGAUUUCUGAUGGUUCGAGCAGAUUCAAUACCAUUACAUCAUCGGAGCAAGUUUCACUUCUCAAUUCGUUAGAUUCUGAUUCUGACUUCGAUUAUAACGACUACGAGUCGUCUUCCACUCUCGAGCAUCCCAACUGUCUCAUCUCUACUUACUACCACAUUAAGAAUUUUCUCAAGAAGAAAUUAUAUCUGUCGCCAAGUGAAAAGGAUGUAGUGAAAUGUGCAUUGGCAUAUUUCUUAGCUUCACUAUUUACAUUUGUACCAGCGUUGAAUUCGUUGUGCGAUUUCGAUCGUGAUCGUAAUUCGUAUUUAGUUGCUGCAGUUGCCGUGUUCUUUAACCCCGCAAAGACACUGGGUGGAAUAUUUGAGGCUGUAUUUUUUGCUCUCGUUGGUGGAUUUUACGGAUGUUUGGUCGGAAUAGCAUCAAUGGCCUGUGCAGUCUGGUUUAAUGACAAUGAUUUGCGUACAUUGGGUCACUUAGUUAGUGUUUUGUGGUGCGGUGGAACGCGAGAAGGAAGUGUUCAUCUUGGUGUAUUUAAGCUAGACAAAAUAUUUCAAGUUACAAAGAUUGUUUUGAUAGGUGUUGGAACAAGCUUUAUAGUCGCCGUGCUUGUAUGGCCUGUGAGCGCGAGCAAAAGACUCAAAAAGAAUAUUGAACAGACAUUAGACGGUUUUUGUCUUCUCCUCAAAUUACUCACCAAAGCUUUCCUCAUAGACAAUGUCAAUUACACGGACGAGUCUGUGCAAAGAGCCAUUACCUCUCAUCGAGCAACGUUCACUUCUCUCAUUACAUCAUUAGCGCAGGCCAGAUUAGAAAUACACAACAGAGGAAUGCAACGUCGAUUUGGCUUGUAUGAAGAAGCUGUGCAAGUGCUUCAACGCUUAGCUCAACAUCUCAGCAGUUUACGAAGUUGCUGUGGUAUUGAGUUGGAAAUGAUCAAAGACAUGGGUAAUCACGAUCCCAAGCCAACCGUUCCAUUAACCCCGACACGAACAAGUGGAGUACGUUUUGAGGAUGGCAAUAUGCAUCGUAGACCGACUGCUCCUACAGAGGAAGAGGAGGAGUAUGGUGACAUAACUAUUCUGCUCGAGUUCAUCCAAUGCGUUGGACCUCAUCUGAAAUCUCUCGCGUAUACAUGUAAGCGAACUAUGAAAGAUCUCGAAGGCCAAUUUUCCGAAAAGAGACGUCAAUCAGAAGGCCCGCCUGACUUUAAUCAGUUAUAUCAAAACCUCGAAGCCGCCCUUGCCCAGUUUGAAACAUCUCAGAGCCGCGCUGUUACGCGACUAUACAAGCGGAAGACAAUUGUUGAUCAUUAUGAUGGGCGAGCGAACGAAGAGAUUUUCUUAAUAUAUUUCUUCGCAUUCAAUCUUCGAGAAUUCUCCAAGGAACUGGAAAGGUUGGUUGACGUGUUUGGAAAAAUUUCUGACUCGGAGGAACGCGUCAAGGAGACACGAAGAAGGCGUGGAUGGUGGCGCUGGUUAUGUUGGUGCUGUUAUGGAUGUAUCGAUGAGCUUCAGGAGCUGAAGUAUGAAUCAAAGACCAGGUCUCACAUAGAGUUUCCAGAACACUCUCACAAUCUUUUUGAUACCAUUCAGACGCCCAAACCAAAGACCAAGUGGCAACAAGUACAACUGAGGGUGUGGAAGAGAUUAUCAUGGUUUAGACAAUUUGAAGUAAAGUAUGCUACCAAAGCAGCUGUUAGUGCAGCGAUAUUGUCGGCACCGGCAUUUAUUGAUUAUACUCGAGAGACUUUUGUGAGGUAUCGUGGUGAAUGGGCUUGUAUUUCGAUGAUGGUAGUCAUGGCUCCAACAGUAGGAAGUACGAAUUUAAAUAGUUUUUACCGCGUUUUCGGUACUCUAUUUGGUUCGUACCUCGCCUUCAUAGUCACCUUGCUCUUCCCGCCGAACGCUGCAAUUUUAGCAGUCAUUGGCUUUCUAAUCGCGCUUCCGUGUUUCUACAUUGUCCUCAACACGAAAUAUGAUCGCAUGGGCCAAUUCAUUCUACUUACGUACAAUUUGGUCGCCUUAUCAUACAAGGAAAAAAAUGUCAUGGACAUUGCCCGUUAUCGUGCAGUUGCGGUGGGUACUGGUGUUCUUUGGGGGCUGUUAGUAACUACUUACGUAUGGCCUUACGAAGCAAGAGUAGAAUUGCGAAAGGGACUGAGUAUGCUAUUCAUAAAUAUGUCAUGGCUAUACAAGAAACUGGAAGCAGUAUUUUCUGCAUCACCUGAACGGCCGACUAAUAGGACCGAAAAUUUGCAGCAAACAAACGUUGUGAUAAAUUCAGAAGAUGGCCAUUUGAACGAGUCGGCUAGGGAAUUCUUGGAUUUGGAGCUGUUCCUACAAGUGUCUUUGCUGAAAUUAUACGAUCUCCUCAACGAGACCUCUAAUGAACCACGUCUGAAAGGGCCCUUUCCUCAAACGUCAUAUAGGGAAAUCAUCACCAGUUGUCAGAAUAUUUUGGACAAGCUUUUAUCUAUGCGCAUCGCUGUCACCAAAGAGGAAUGGUACGGUGCUAUUAGGAGAGACUUCAUUAUCCCUAUAAACAAGCAGAGAAGAGAGUUGGUUGGAAACGUGUUGUUAUAUUAUUACACACUUGCAGCGGCUCUCCAAUUGAAAACACCAUUACCUCCAUACCUGCCUCCAGCUGAACAAGCUCGCCUGAUGGAAGAUGUUAUUCGUGAGUUGGAGAAAGUAGGUAAUAUAAUGCAAGAGUUGUUUGGAUGUAUGGGAGGAGAGGAGUUUGACCUGUUCUUUACUACGGAUGCAACAUCGAAUGACGUUGGAAACGAAACGGGUGAUUCGCAAGGCGAAGAAGAUAACGUUAUUCAUGCAGCCGACCCUGAUACCCAGAAUAUUCAAUUCGACCUCGAUCACGUUCGGAACGAAGUAGGCUAA